CUUUCAUUCACGCUUGAUGCAUGGACCUCACCAAGUUGCAUUCCGUUUCUUGGGAUCACUGUACAUUGGAUAUCCCAAGAUUGGAAACUAAAAGAACUUUUACUUGAUUUUGUUAAAUUAUCUGGACUACAUUCUGGUGAAAACCUAUAUGAAUCUUUUGUACGAUGUGUUUGUGAUGACAUGAAAAUACUCACAAAGAUUAUAGCUUGUACUACAGACAAUGCUACAAAUAAUGAUACCCUAAUGAGUGCAUUAGAAACAACUUGUCAGGAAAAAGGUAUCUAUUUUACUGCGUACAAUAAUCAUAUUAGGUGCAUGGCCCAUUUAAUCAAUCUUGCUGCACAAGAUGCACUAUCUAGUUUGAAAGUUGGAUAUGUUGAGA